CAUGAUACCACGCACAUAUUUUAAUCCAUUGGGUAUGUGUUUAAGCAACUAGUACAAAAAGUUGAACUGGUGCAAGUUUUGCAUAAUUAUGGACAAUCAAGUAAUACAUCAAUUAUUAUUGAAGAUUAGAUUAUUGAAGUUGUAAGGUAAUUUUCUGUAAUGUUUUAGUUUGGCAAGCAUGUUUUAUAAUAUAAAGCAUAUCCUACACUACAUUCAGGAACACAAUCAAAAUUUUAUGUGUAUAGAUUAGAAGGGCACUCUAAUUCACAAAUUUUUUUCAAUUAGUUGUUAUAUUUGAAAGGACCUUUACUGUUACAACUAAUAACACAACUAGUUAGAUAAGGAUUAAAAUAUCUAUUAGAAUAGCAAGCUAAGCAAUUUAAAUCACUUGGCCCAAAACAAUAUUUACAAUUAUCAUGGCAAUAAAUUGUAUCAUAUCGUAUAAAGCCUCUUCCAUAUAUUAUACAGC